CUCUGCUUUGAUUAAUAAAGUUGAGUAAUGUCACAUUAUCAUUCGUUAUCAUAAGCUGUUCUAGAUAUAAAAAUGGAAUAACAGUAGUAAUGACAUCGAAAGAAUCUCAAAUAAUCAGUUAAAAGGAAAAAUGAGGACCGUUAUUUUCAUCUUGGCACUGCUGUGCACGGUUUAUGCAUUGGAGCAAAAUGUGACGGAUUCUUCGCUCAGUUUCGAGCGAUUAGUGGAUAUAGAAGAAACAGCCACCAAAGCUGUACGAUACGAUCUAUUAUCUUUCGAAGAGCGAAUGUCGCAGAAUUUAAAAGUGAACCUUGAAGGACUAAAAAAAGAAGCUUUAGGUGAUAUCUACAAUACUAUUAACGGAACACUUGAAGAUGUCAAUCUGUCCAUUCACAAAGAAAAAAAAGAGGGUAAAAACGUAGAUGAGUGUUAUUAUUAUGCAAAGAACAAUUUAGAGUCGAAAAGUACAAAUGCGAUUGCUGAAUUGGAGAUAUGCAUUCAAAACGGUUACACGGCUAUGGAAGGCCCAUUAGCAGUCGUAGUCGACAGUAUCCAGAUGACGGAGAAAUUGCUAAUUAGUUUAAACGCUAUGAUACCAAUUUGUAAUUUUACGAGCUCCAUCACAGAGCAAGCAUCUCAUAAAGAAGCCUGCAUCUUGAGAAGUCUUUACAUAACCAGAAACUUGCUGAAACGUGUUGCUAGAAAUUCUGGAGAGGCAACAACUACCGCGACAGGCACAUACGCGAAAACAUUUAUAAACGUGAAAAAUUGCAUCAUAAAAAACACUGUUGAGACCAGCAUUUUUAGCAUGAAUAUCGUUAACUAUACUGAUAAUUGCGUGAGCAAUGUACUUAAAAAUGAUCCCAAAACAAUUAUAGAACCAACUUCUGGCGAUCCGUAAUCUACUACCUAAUCGUCAACUAUUCUCAAGCACCCGAAAGAUUCA